ACAAAGGAACGUCGUGCAGCAACAAAUAUUCGUAUUUUUUUAUUAUCACCAUGCGUUUGAUUUACUUUAUAAGUAUACUUAUUAUCCAAGCGGCGUGUGCCCUGCGAUUUCGCCUUGGACGUGACAAAGGUGGUAACUUGGGCGCACCGAAUGUUAAAAAUGUGGAAUUACCCAAAGCGCAGUGGUUUAAGCAAAAGCUUGACCAUUUCAGUCCAGCCGAUCAGAGGACUUGGAAGCAGCGCUAUUUUGUAAAUGAUACCUUCUAUGACUUCUCAAACCCUGGUCCGGUUUUCCUGAUGAUAGGGGGUGAGGGCCCCGCAGACCCCAAGUGGAUGGUCCAAGGAGCUUGGAUAGACUAUGCCAAGAAAUUUAAUGCUCUCUGCAUCAAUUUGGAACAUAGAUAUUAUGGAGAAAGUCAUCCUACUGAGGACAUGUCAGUAAAGAACUUGCAAUACUUAUCAUCGUCGCAAGCGCUGGCCGACUUGGCUUACUUCAUACCCGCGAUGACCAACAAGUAUAAGUUGGCUAAAGGAGUGAAAUGGAUAGCGUUCGGCGGCUCGUACCCCGGCUCGCUGGCCGCCUGGCUCCGGCUCAAGUACCCGCACUUGGUGCACGCCGCAGUCUCCUCCAGCGGCCCGCUGCUGGCUAAAGUUGACUUUGUAGAAUACUUUGAAGUCGUGAUCGAUGCGUUACGACAGAAAACUGGGAAGGACGACUGCGCCUACGAAGUUAAACAGGGCCAUGCGGAAAUCGUUAAACUGAUGGAAACCAACCCCACUCUUAUUCAACACGAAUUCAAAGUCUGCCAACCCUUCGACCGAGCAACAGCGAACGACUUGAACAAUUUCUACGACACGCUGGCUAACAACUUCGCGGGCGUCGUGCAGUACAACGAAGACAACCGCAUCGGCAGCAACCCCAAGUACAGGAACGUCACUAUUAACACUAUAUGUAACAUGCUUACGGAGGAGACCGCUCGGCCAUCACACAUGAAGUUGGCCGACUUCAACUCCGUGAUACUAGAAGUGGAGAACCAAACCUGCCUGGACUACAGUUACGACAACAUGAUACAGGAGCUCAGGAACAUCUCGUGGAGCAACGAAGGAGCCCGCCAGUGGAUGUAUCAAACGUGCACCGAGUUCGGGUUCUACCAAACCUCUACGGGCACCACGCCAUUUUUCGGUGACAAGUUCCCUGUGGACUUCUAUAUUCAGCAGUGCCAGGACAUAUUCGGAAAGAAGUUCAACAAAAACUUCGUGAACGCCGCCGCCGCCUGGACGAACAACUACUAUGGCUCGCUGGACAUCAGCAUAAGCCGCGUGGUGUUCGUGCAGGGCUCCGUCGACCCGUGGCACGCGCUCGGCGUCACCACGCCGCGGGACAACGCCCCGGCCAUCUAUAUACACGGCACAGCACACUGCGCGAACAUGUACCCUCCCAGCGACAAAGACCUGCCAGAGCUAAAGGCCGCCAGGGUCAAAAUCGAACAGCUGCUCUCCGAGUGGGUAGCUUCGUGAUCGCGACACGUCGACACCAAUACGCUCUCUAUUUACUGAAUACUCAUAUUUGGUUUCCUUGUU